UAAAUGAAGAAAUACUGUUCUCGAUAUCUCGCGUUUUGUUACGUCGACUUUUUCUGCUUUUUCUUAGAAUGAAUAAAACUGUACAUGUUUUAGAAAUUUUAAAAUAAUUCAUUUUUAUAUAUUAUUAUUGCACAAACCUCCUAUAAAAUAAGUGAUCUUCAAUCCUCAAGUUCUAAAAGUCCUUCAAGUUUUGAACUUAACUUUUCAUGAUGUCCCAGUGGUCUUAUGGUCAGCCAGUUAGACCACCCAUGCCUGCUGAAAUCCCAAAAGCCUGGUUAAAAGCUAAUGAAGCUCUCCAGGCUGUUAGACCAAGUGCAACAACUACGGAAGUAACUUCCACUAAUACUGAACCUCAGGUUAAUCCCAUAAAUCAAUUUGCUCCUAUGAGAUGGCCUAACCCUACUAUGUACACAGCAUAUCCUGGGUAUCAAGGAUAUCCUCCUAAUUAUCCCUUUUAUAAUUAUAAUAAUGGAUUUGCUUGGAACUUCAACCCCUAUGUUAUAAAUAGCAAUCCAUUUUAUAUGAAUCCAAUGCCUGCUACCAGUGAUAAUUUUCAACCGCAAAUUCCUACUAUUCCUCAAGUUGAAGAACCAGAAUCAAAUAAUAGUCAGUCUAAUGAGCCAGUUGUAACUUCUGCUGCCAAUAGACCAAAUCCUGAGUCUGAAGUGGUUACGAUUAACUCUUCAUCCCCGUCAUCAUCACCUGAAGGCGUAGGAUUUUCACAAGCUCCAGGAAGUGGGGGCAUCAAAUUUUCUCUCCCUAAGAAGAAAAUACAGAAUAAUAAUUUUCAGAAUUCCUUUAAUUCGCCACAAGGAAAAAUGAAUAAUUUCCAAAAUUUCAAUAAUCACUCUCCUAAGAAAAUAGAAGCUAAACUCCCUGAGCAACCUAACAUUUUGCAUCAGAAAUCUGUGUCUGAAAUGCCGAAUGAUCAAUGGCCACCAUCCUUGAAGAAUUAUGUUAGUGAAUGCUUUAAUAAAUGUACAAGUGUCAUCGAUAAAGACCAAGUGGAAAUAAUUUUGAAAGGGAAACUGAUUCAAGCCUACCGUGAUGGAACCAUUCUAACGAAAGAUUGGAGUGCUGAACCUUUACCUCGCAUUUUCAGAAAUAAUGAUGUGCAACAGAAUCGAAUAGAAAAUGUUAAUGCCUUAAAGAAUGAGGUUACCUCACCUUCAUUUGUUGGCACAUCAUUGAACAAAGUUAAAAAACCAAGUCCACCAAGAAAUACCAACCAAAAGAAUAAUUUCUAUAAUAAAAACAGAAGUUAUAAAGCUCGCUCCCGUUCACGAUCACGCUCCAGGUCUCGAUCAUGGUCACGGAGUCCUCCUAGAAAAGUUAUUCAUCGGAAAAAAUAUGAUAGUUCAUCUGAUUCCAGUAAUGAUAGUAGAGAUUCAAGGAGAACUUUAAACUCUAGUGUAGUAAGUCACUUUGAUGCUCACCCUCUAAGAAAGGCAAACUUGAAUUCUAAAGGCAAAAACAAGAGAAAGAAAGGAAAUAAAAUGAAUUUUACUGUUGACCCAGAGUUUUCAACAGAUGAGCGUUUGUUAAAACGAGCUGCACGCUUCGAAGUAAAAAGUAAAUGCCAAAGAGUCAACAGUAAUGUUUUAUCUCCAGGAAAUCUUUUUAUUAUUGAUGAGACUGGUGCGGACAUAGAUUGGAAUUCUGACGCUGUUAUAGGAACCUGUCAAGACCUGGAGAAGCCUUUUCUAAGAUUGACUGGGGCUGUCGAUCCCUCUAGUGUACGUCCGGAAGACAUUUUAAGGCAGUCAUUAACUAUGGUAAAAAAACAUUGGAUUGAAAAACAAGAUUAUCACUUUGCUUGUGAACAGCUAAAGUCAAUCAGGCAAGAUUUGGUGGUUCAGUGUAUUCGAAAUAAAUUCACUGUCCAAGUAUAUGAAACUCAUGCAAGAAUAGCUCUAGAAAAGGGUGAUCAUACAGAGUUCAAUCAAUGUCAGUCUCAACUUAGAGCGUUGUAUCAAGAAAUUAAUGAGGGUAAUAGAUUAGAAUUUACAGGAUACCGUAUUCUAUAUACAAUUUACACAGAAAAUGCUAUAGAAUUGAAAAAUAUUCUUUCAGAAUUGACAGAUGAAGACAAACAAGACAUUGUAGUAUCUCAUGCUUUAAAAAUAGCUAAAGCAUACUCAAACUCUAAUUAUUCUAGGUUUUUUAGACUUUAUUUAUCUGCUCCUAUAAUGUCUUCGUUUAUUGUGGACUGGUUUGUUGAACGCAUUAGAAAAGCUGCGUUAAAGACCAUUAUAAAGUCAUUUCGUCCAAACUUACCGGUAGCGUAUAUUCAAACUGCCUUAGCAUUUCCUGAUUCUGAGGAGUGUUUGGCAUUUUUAACAAAGGCUAACCUAGUUUUUGUGGAUGCUGAUGUAAUCAACUGCAAAGAUUCAAUGGGUGCAUUGGCAAACUUCUAACGCUGCUGCAACUUACUAAUCCCUGCCUUGUAUAGAAAGUGUGAGACUGAAUCUUGACAGGUUUAAAUCUCUCAUUAAACUUAAUUAUUUUCCUUGCUAACAUCACAUAGAAAACAUCAUUUAUUUUUAUGGUGAAAAUCAUAGACUUUGUUAUGAUCUUCGAUAUUAUCCCUAUCUUUCUUGUGACUUUUGAUGUUAUCUAGUUGGGAUGCAUAACGCACAUGGACUUGUUAAUUGAUACAAAUUAUCGUCAAAUUCCUUAUUUUAAAUUGGAAUAUUGGUUAUAUAAAGGAAAAUAAUAAGUUAAGAUCAGUGUUAGUCUGAAGAUUUAUAACCGGUAAGAUUUCACAGUAGCUGUGCAGCUAAAAAUAUCGUAUCAUUUUGGCUAGUAAAGAAUAUUAAAAAGCUGUUUCAUCGGGUCUAGGAAUGUAGAAAGCAAAGAAAUACGAAAUUGUUACAAUGAAAAUAGACUGUUCAUUGAACCGUGUUAAGCAAUAGAUUAAGAAGAAAACAGUGAAAAGAAAAAUUACUCGUUUCUCAAGGAAAAUAGAAAUUAUAAGUAUAUUAAUUGUAGCUGUGCAGCUAAAAAUAUUCUAUCAUUUAAGCUAGUUAAGAAGAUCAAAAAGCUGCUUUAUUGGCUUUAGAAAUGUAGAAAGCAAAGAAAUACGAAAUUGUAACAAUAAAAAUAGACUAUUCAUUGAACCUGUUAAACAAUAGAUUAAGAAGAAAAUAGUGAAAAGAAGAAAAAUUAUUAGCUUUCCAAAGAAAAGGAAAUUAUAAGUAAUCCCUACACUACAGUAAGCGUAAGGUUAAAAGUUAAAUAUAUCAUUUAGGAAGCAAAGAAAAAUAAAGUUAAGCAAUAAAAGAAUGUGUUAUCCCAUAAGAAGAAAAGUAAUAAAAGAAAUUGCAGCAAAGGAAAUGAAUCCUGCUUCUUCUGCAAUGAACUGUGUUAAUCUGCUUAAUUUCAAAGCUGCUUAGUUACUCAAAGAUGCCUUGACUUUCUUUUGUAUAUUACUGAUUUUAUCUCAUUUCUAUUGAAUGAACUGUCUAGAGUGCCCUAAAAACCUUGGAAGUUUUGUCUUGGAAAGAAAUUUUACUCGUAGAAUAAUGGAAAUAUUUUUGGAAGCCAACUGCCGAAGAAAAUAAUUAUUGCAAAAAUAUUACAAUAAUUAAAAAAUAAUUCCUUUCUCGCUUAUAAUGAUUAUUAUAAACUUUUCUUCAAUGAGGUUUUAAACCUGUUGUGUUUUCAGUCUUAAGACUUAAUACACUUUUCUAUUAGCAUGGCAGGGAUUUCUGGAUUAUCCACCAAUAAAAGUUCCUUUUUCACCUCCCUUUUUUUUUAGGCAUUUAUGCCACUUUUUUUUUAUGCUACCCCUUUUACAGUUUACCUUUCUAGAUAAGCUUGAAUCUACAUUCUUGCUGUGGAGCUCUAAAGAGAUCUACUACACAGUUCAUUUCCUCAACUUCCAGCCCAUUAUAGUUCAAUAUCUCCUGACUUGUGGCUCUCGUCAAAAUUACAAGUUUCUGGCCUUAAUUCUCUAAAUGGUGUUUUCAUUCUUGAUGGUAUCCUGAUCACUUCCAUAGCUCUUGAUAGUAUCCUGGUCACUCUCAUAGCUCCUGAUGGUAUUCUGGUCACACCCAUAGCUCUUGGUGGUAUCCUGGUUGCUCGCACAUAUCUUGGUGGUAUCCUGGUUGCUCCAACAUAUCUUGAUGGUAUCCUGGUUGCUCCCACAUAUCUUGAUGGUAUCCUGGUCACUCCUUAAAGUUAUAGAUGAAGAUGCCAAGUUUAGUUUUUCAAAUUGUUGAAUUCUUCUAAUUCUACAACAAUGUCUAUUAUCAGCUUGUUUUUUAUCUUUUUUUAUCCUCUAAAUUAUCUUUGUUCAUCAAUAUUUAAAAAAUUUUCAUUUUCCCUAUUUUGUUGCAAAAUUUUAAUUUAUAGUUAUCUUAUUAUUAACUUUUAAAAGAUACAAUUGCCUGGUUUGUUAAUGAUGUUUUUAGGAAUAAAGCAUGCAAAAAGAGCAUUCUCAAAGAAAAUAAAAUGAUCCUCAAUAGGAAAUUCUAGUAAUUAUGUCCUAACUUUAUGCAAAAUCUGUCAUUGAGCUGGUCACAAGCUCUGCAAAAGUAGACCUUCUCUUUAUUUAUUAUCAUUAUCUUUACAUACUUAUUAAUUUGAAAUGUUACUUUUCAAUUGCAGUAUUGCAUAAAGUAGUAUGUGUCUGUACAUAAAAUUUCUUAUCAAAAAUUUUACAUCCUUUAAAAGUAUUUAUUAGGAAGAUUUUUUUUUCCACUUUAAAUUAUCCCUGUCGCAUAUUUUAAAUAAAUGCAUACUCUUAUCUGUGUCAUUGUUAGGCUUAUUCAUAAUUCACCUUUUUUAUUUAUUGUAUAUAUUUUGUUUAAGUGCUGUUGAAUAGCUCUUUUUCUUUUACAGAUUCUAUAUUUUAUUGAAAAUAUUUUUGUUUCACUAAUAUUUUUUUUUUAAAAAUCUUUAAAUGUAAGUAUGUAAUUAAAUUACUUGCCACUUAUAUGCCAUUGUAAAAAGUGUACAAAUAAAAUUGUAUUUUAUAUA